AACCCUACUCCCUCUCUGGCUCUCUCGCGGCUUGCCCUCCCCCUAGCCCUCGCUCUCGCUCGCUGCCUCACCCUCGCCCUUUCUCUCACCUCUCGCUUGACGCUUGCUCGAUCGCGCUCGCGGCUCGCCCUCGCCUCUCAGUCGGUAGCUGGGGAGGUCGCAUCAAUGGCUACUAGCUCUGGCUCUUUAACUCUUGCUCUCGCUGGGUGACUGGGUCGCUCGCCUCUCUACAUUGCCAUUGGGACACUUUGGUUCAAUCUUUUGAGGUCAAUCUUUGGUGUUGUGUUCUUGUUCUUGGCAAGCAGGCAGUGGCCAGUGGGGCAUCCCUUCAUACUCUAGAGAUAAAAAGACUAGAGGAGGAACCACGGCCAGGAUUUGAUGAGUGUUGCUUCUACUUCUGGGGGCAUAAGGGCAGCGUUGUCACAUUGUGUACAAGAAGUAAGAACCUAUGAUUAUCAUCACUACCUCUGCCUUCUUGAACUCCCUCCGAACAUGCGGAAGGCUGCCUUUGCUCUCCGUGCCUUUAAUGUUGAAACAGCCAGGGCCAUGGAUGUUGCUUCUGAUCCCAAAAUUGGCCUUAUGCGCCUGCUUUGGUGGCAAGAAGCUAUAGAUAAGAUCUUUGCCAACAAAUUAAUUGAGCACCCAACGGCGCAGGCCCUGUCAUACCUAAUAUCUGAGCAUAGAAUUAGCAAGAGUUGGCUUAAGAGAUCUGUUGAGGCCCGUAUAAAUGAUGCAAAAAGACAGGUUGAUGACAUCCCAAAAACUGUUGAAGAGUUGGAGCAAUAUGCUGAGGACACGGUGUCGACUAUUUUGUACAUGACUCUUCAAGCAGGCGGUAUCAAGUCCACUGCAGCUGAUCAUGCGGCUUCACAUGUUGGCAAGGCUAGCGGUCUUCUUCUGCUGCUUAAGUCGCUGCCAUAUCACGCUAGCCGCAGCCAUCAUUUUUCUUACAUUCCGGCUCAAGUAGCAGCCAAACACGGUUUGUUGGAUAACCAGGGAGGUCAACCACAGAUUCGCAUGGAUUCAAGAGAGGGCCUGUGUGAUGCAGUUUUUGAAAUGGCAUCUGUAGCUAAUGCGCAUCUCCAGAAGGCUCGGGAGCUAGCUGGAACAGUGCCAAUGGAAGCUCGUCCAGUGCUGUUGCCAGCUGUGCCUGCCCAAGUUGUUCUAGACUCGCUUACUCGUGCGCAUUUUGAUGUCUUUGAUCCAAGAAUGAGAAGAGGGGUUCUGGGUGUCCCUCCUUUGUGGUACCACUUGAAGCUAAAGUGGCAUUCAUGGAGGGGUAAGUACUGACUUUGACUCCAGAAGGGCUUCCACAAGCCAAGAGAAUGUUAAUUUUGUUUGAUGACAUUCUUUAAUCUUGAACACACCAUUAUUUGUAUCUUGAUACUAAGUUAUGUUUUGGUGAUAUCACGCCGGGCAUAUUCUUGAAAGCUGUAUUAAAGAGUAGUUGGGGAAUGUGAAGAGGAAAGCACAAUCUUUGCAAUAUAUUUCAAAGGAAUUUAUUGUUUCA